AUGUCAUUCAACUUCGCAAGCUUUGCCAAGGACUUGAAGUCUCUCGGUGGCAAGUUCACCGAUGAAUUCAAUAACGAGAUCUUGCCCAUGGCGCAAAGAACCUCUAGAAUCGUACAAGAAAAGAUCGGCAAAGUCAACAUCGAAGACAUUUCCCAAUUGCCCAGCGAGUACACCGACUUGGCCACCAGAUGCAACAACAUCGAGAGCUUGUACAAGAAUGUGUUGAAGAUCACCACCAACUACGAGAACGAGGGCUACGACUAUCCAACGAACGUUCAAGAAUCGUUCACAGAGUUCGGCAAGAAUAUAACCACCAGAGUCUCCAACUUAUCCAAAGCCACUACCACUGCCGAAGCCCAGGCCGCCAUCAUCAACCCCACCACUGGCGAGUUUCAGCCUCCCAAGACUUUCUACCACGCUUUGGCCAGAGCCACCGACGGCUCGGUAUUGACCUCUUCUGAAGACCAGAAUGACCCAUUGAUCAAGUCUUUGGAUUUGUACUCCUCGAACUUAAACAAGAUUGCCAACGCGAGAUUGGGCCAGGACCAAUUGAUCAAGGCCAAGUUCAACAAGCCAUUGAAUACCACUUUACGCCAGUUGAUCAGCCAAAGCAACAAGAUUCAGAAGAAGGUGGAGCAAAAGAGAAUUGACUACGAUUUGGCUAGAUUGAACUUAACCAAAUGCACAAACCCAUCCAAGGAACCACAAUUGAGAGUCGUCAUGGAGAAUGCCGAGGAUGAAUUUGCUAACACCGUUGAAGAUGCCAUUAAUAUUAUGCAGAACGUUUUAGAAAACGCUAAGCCAUUGGAAGAGUUCCUUGAGUUGAUCAAGGCACAAUUGGCUUAUCAUAAGUUAGCUACCGAGUUGUUAGGUGGUAUGGUGGGACAAUUCGAAGAGUUAAUCGAGGAUAACUCCAGAUCCAAUGGGGCUAGCAGCAGCCGUGAAUCUGGGGAUUUCGAUAUUUAA